CCCCAACCCCCCCCCCCCCCCCCCAGUGUAUCAAAUCAUAAUCACUCAGUCCAGAUAUAGAUAAAACCCUUAAUAUCUUCUGAGAUAAAGCUUUUUUAUUCACUCGAACUUGAGAGAGAUAGAGAGAGAAAGGUCCACCAUAGAAGGAUGCAUUCUGAUAAGGACUCGUUUUAAACAUAGGUUCAUGCCCGUGGUUCAUGCCCGUUCUUUCUUUCUGUACAUUUCUCAUUCCCCACCAAAACUGUUCUACCUUUAGUGCCCUCUUCUCGUAUGUUUUUUCCUCUAGUAUUUGAAAAGUGUUCGACUUUUAAUCCUGUUCAUUAUUUUGAUUUAUCAUAUUUGUCUCUGUCAGUGUUCAACUUCUUUUUUCUGAGAGAGGAAAAAAGCGUUGUCUUUACAGUUUUCAAAUUCUGGGGUUUGGGUCUUGUUGAGGUGAGAUUGUGAACAGUUCUUUAUCUUCAAAACGAACCUUCUCUAUUUUCUAUGUUGUUUCUUGUGGUUUGGUUUUGUAGGCUGAAAAGCAUUCUUGUCUUUAUCUCUUAAGGUCCUAGCUUUUUCAGAUUUCUAACUUCCUUUUUUUUUUUAUCCUCUCUGUCUUCUUCUUGCUAGCUUUUGCCUCGAGUUUGUUUGAACCCCAAAGUUCUUUUCUUGUUUUCCAUCAGAAUGGAUGUACAUUUUUAUUAGAAUGUUAGCGGGCUUCAAAAACUUCUCUGUUCAGCUUUGUCGUUGGUUUUGUCAAGGAGAAACUAGUUUUUGCGAAUAAUUGAAAAUUAGGUUCAACUAGUAAGCAGUAAAUGCAUGGAUAGAAGGGAUACUAUGACGAUUUCGGGCUCUGCCUCCUUUUUUAUGCAGGGUAGUGGUACACAUCCUAGUUUAAAUGUUUCAUCUGGCAUCAAUACUUUAUCCAAUAUAAAUGCACCAUUUCAACCAAAUAUGGGAGCCAAUACCAUGGGAUCUCCAUUACUGAUGGAACAUCCGGCAGCAAUUUCUGUGGGUGAACUAUCUACAAUGGUAUCCGGUCAACCUGAGAAAAGGAAAAGAGGAAGGCCACGGAAAUACGGACCUGAUGGGGCUGUAUCAUUGGCGUUGUCUCCCUCACUGUCUGCUCAUCCCGAGACAACAAUCCCAUCCCAGAAGCGGGGUAGAGGGCGGCCACCAGGGACUGGGAGGAAGCAACAAUUAGCUUCUCUUGGUGAAUGGCUGUCUGGUUCAGCUGGGAUGGGUUUUACUCCGCAUAUCAUCACCAUUGCAGUAGGAGAAGACAUUGCGACAAAAAUAAUGUCAUUUUCACAGCAGGGUCCAAGAGCUAUAUGCAUCUUGUCAGCAAAUGGUGCUGUCUCUACUGUUACUCUGCAUCAGCCAUCAACUUCUGGAGGCACCGUCACAUAUGAGGGGCGCUUUGAAAUUUUAUGUUUAUCUGGUUCUUACCUGUUCUCUAACGAUGGUGGCCCUCGCAAUCGAACUGGUGGUUUGAGUGUCUCCCUAGCUAGUCCUGAUGGUUGUGUUAUUGGUGGAGGAGUUGGUGGAGUUCUUAUUGCAGCAAGCCCUGUUCAGGUGAUAGCCGGAAGUUUCUUGUGGGGUGGUUCAAAGACUAAAAACAAGAAAGUGGAAGGUGCUGAAGUAGCCAGAGAUGCGGACCAUCAGACGGUCGAGAAUCCAGUAACUCCAACUAGUGUUCAACCAAGUCUAAAUCUUACUCCAACCUCUUCUAUGGGUGUAUGGCCUGGUUCUCGGUCAGUGGAUAUGCGAAGCACCCAUGUUGACAUUGAUCUGAUGCGCGGAUAAGGAUUUUCUAUUGAUUAUUCUGUGAGCAAUGUAUAUACUCUCCUGUUUCAGUACAGCUUGAAUAUAAUCUUCUGAAGUCCAAUGAUGAAGAUUGAAGACAGGCUGAUUCUGCUCGACAUUUCUCACUUCAUUUACUUAUGAUUGACCAUGGGUUGAACUCAUCUCUUGUAGCUCAAUGACAAUGCAAUUCCAAGUUUUAGUGUUGGUGAUUCGAACUAAUCUGUUUUUCUGUGA